ACAACCGGAGAGGGAGCUACACACAGUUAACUAUCAGAUGUCGGAUGGAACUCAAAUAUUGGUGGUUCUGCCUUAGUUUAGUAAAUAAAAACAACGCAUGUUGGUCGGAUUGUGUGCAGCAAUGCUCGCGGGGGUGAGAGGUCGUGCAUGAAAGCAAAAGGACUAGUUUUCUGUUGUUUUUUAAUUUGGUGUGAGUAGUAUUCGGAAGAUGGAAAGAAGCUUUGUUUUGAUUUGGACCAUAUUGGUUGGAAUAACGUUUGUGGAAGCAGGUCCAGGAAGAUCAGCGAGGCAGGAUGAUGGUGGUUUGCUACCGGAUCCUUUUCCGACGGACGACGGAGAUACAUCCGGGCAUCCUGUCUUCCUGGAAGAACCCCGAGAUACGUACGUCCUGAGGAGUCGUCCAGCCACGCUUUCUUGUAAAGUGAGGAAUGCUUUACAGUUGUAUUUCAUCUGCAACGACAAGGCUGUACAUCACAGGCAUCACAGUCAGCAAGAGUUCGUGGACCCUCAAACGGGGGUGCGGCAUCUGGAAGUGAGCGUAGAUGUAAACCGCAAGGAGGUCGAAGAGUUCUUUGGGCUGGACGGGUACGGUUGCAGUUGUGUCGCAUGGUCCUCCAGUGGCACAACGAAGAGCAGAAGGGCCCUCGUCAAGAUUGCAUAUCUGAAAAAACACUUUGAGAACCAGCCCUUGAGCACGCAUGUUGGAAUCGAGGGACAGAUCUCUCUCCAGUGCCUGCCUCCUGAGGGCGUCCCUCCCCCCGAAGUGCUGUGGCUGAAGAACGGGGAAGUUAUCGACACUGCCAAGGACUCCAAUUUCAUCAUCUCGAACGAGGGUAACCUAUUAAUCAGCGUGGUCAGGCUUGCGGAUAUGGGCAACUACACAUGCAUGGCUCGAAAUCCGGCAGGAACUCGAUACAGUGAGACUGCCGUUCUCACUGUUUAUGUGAAUGGUGGCUGGUCAACGUGGAGCCCCUGGUCCGAAUGCACUGUUCGCUGUGGCCGAGGUACGCAGCAACGAUCUCGACUCUGCACCAAUCCCGCCCCGCUCAACGGAGGGCGGGCCUGCUCGGGCGAACCCCUGCAGAAGUCCGACUGCACCUCUCUCUGCCCCGCUGAAGAUGGUCGCUGGACUUCUUGGUCCUCAUGGUCCACUUGCAGUCCCGAUUGUAAACACCAUCGUCGCCGCACUUGUACCAACCCUCCGCCAAGUAAUGGUGGUCGAUACUGUGUUGGCAAGGAUUUGGCGACCAGUAACUGCACUGGUGGUAUGUGCAGAGCCACGAGGGACAGGGACCCUUUUGUGAUAUUUGGCAGUAGCCGGGCCGAAGAAGUUGUUCCAUCGUCCAACGAGAGUGCAAACACUUCUCUGUACAUCGGAGUGUUCGUGGCCGUCACGGUCUUUUUCAUCGUUCUUGUGGUUUUGAUAUGGAUGGUGAAACGGAUCAAGUCCAGAGAUCCCAGUAUGUAUAGAGUGCCUGCGGCCUCAGACGUAGUAGUCGUUCAGCCAGAUCUAACACAGAAUGCCUUGCAUAUUCGGAAAGAGGAUUACAACGAGAAAAGUGUGCUGGCUGGUUUAGGUUCGAAUGCCGUGGUGCCACUUCUACCACCCCCGCCAAAAUACAUCAACAACAAUAAUAAGGACGGUGAUGACACGCACCAUCCACUUAUAACUGUUCCCAUAAGAAACGGAUUCCUUGAUUCAACUGAUAAAAUACCGAGACCGGAAUCUCCUGCUUCUGAAGUGAAUUCGUCAGUUUCCAGUGGACGAGGAUCAGCAUACGGUGCAUCCUGUAACAAUUCCGCUGCUUCCGUAGCGUUACCACCGAAUGUAGAUUCUGAUUUGACUGUAUGGGCUUCCGUAACUAAAGCUGGCGGCAGAAUAACACUCCCCGAUACAGGUAUUUCUCUGACGAUACCGCGAGGUGCGAUUCGCAAAGGAAGCGUGAGUCUGUAUCUUGCUAUACUGAGAGAUGAUAAAGACAGACCUAACUUAUCAGAUAAGGAAACUAUUCUGAGUCCCGUCGUGCAGUGUGGCCCACCAGACCUCACUUUCACAAAGCCUCUAAUCUUGAGUCUUCCUCACUGUGCUGUGCUGGACUCGCCUGAGAAGUGGACCAUCAGCAUCUUCAGCAGUGACCCACCUUCGGCAGAAGAGGAGUCACCCGCAUGGAAGAAUCUGGUUACUGUGGGUCAAGAGACUAUUGUGACUCCUCUUUUCUGUCAAGUGGAUUCACAUCAUUGCCAUCUGAUGACGGAGCAAUUAGGGAGGUUCGCCAUCGUUGGAGAAUCUGUCUAUGGACAGAAGGCCGUCAAAUCUAUUGCCCUAGCAGCCUUCGCUCCUGCCUUCCAUUCAACCACAGACUACACAAUUCGUGUCUACUGUAUAGAAGAUACAAAGGCAGCCAUACAGGGAAUGCUUCAGGUGGAGGAGAAAUUGCACGGUUCCCUUCUAGACGCCCCGAAAUCCAUGCUCCUGCAGGAUGGAGGAUCCAACUUGUGCCUUUGCCUUGAGGACAUCUCUCCGGGAUGGAAGUGCAAGCCCAUGGCGAACUACCAGGAAAUUCCUUUCCAUCACAUUUGGAACGGCCGCCAAAACCACCUGCAUUGUUCUUUUAAGUUGGAGCACUUGGAUCGAUCCUUGCAAGCCGUCAGUUGCCACAUUCUCGUCUACCAGAGAGGCGUUCAGGCCAACAGACAAGUACUAAGGAUCACCACAGAUUACAAAGAGAAGUUACCUUCCCCUUCCCAAAGUACAAUUGCAUCUUCUCUCUCUUCAUCCAUUAUCACCGAGAGCAGCUCAGGGCCUCUGCUCGCCGUCGACCCCACGGAGAACGUCUUCAGGUUGACACCCGACGUUCGCAAACAGCUCUGCAUCUGUUUGGAUCCUCCCAACAGUAGAGGAAACGAUUGGAGGAGACUGGCAGAGGAACUAGGAGUCAAUAGGUACAUCAAUUACUUUGCCACGAAGAGCAGCCCAACAGACCACAUCCUGGACCUAUGGGAAGCGCGAGAACAAGAAGCGAACAGUUUGGGCAAUCUCCUCAAUAUCCUAAGGGUGAUGGGUAGAGGGGAUGCCGUACAGGUGGUUGAGAAAGAAGUCGGGUCCUGGAUAUGAGAUUCUCCCAGCCCAAAUCUUGUGAUUCUUCCAAUGGUGCCUCAUGUAUAUAAGUGGACUUUUACUCACCAUUGUAACAUAUGUAAAUAAGGCACAUCAGUGGAUUGCAUUUUUCGACUAUUUAUAGGGUCCUUGCCCUGACAAACCGAGUGAAAUUUCCAAGAGGCUUAGACUGGUUUGAGCCAUUGGUUCAAGAUUUGUUGUCGUUUGUACUGGAUUUUCGUUUCUGAACUUUCCUCUCUAGCUUAAGAAUCGAGAUUGAAUGUGAAAAGAAAAGUUCAGAUUCAGUCAAUCGUUGUGAUUGAUUUAUAAUUUUUUUUUUUUUUAAUGAAAGCAAGAAAGUUUUUUUGUUAUCAAAUUUAGGAGUGCAUUUUUUCUUUGCUAAAUUAUAUUUCAUUAACAAUCAAUUAAAAACAAUGUUUUUCAUUAACACAUUCUUCAAAAUCAUCUUUUUUAAGCUGGCAUCCUAUUUAGAUCAAAUAUGUAUUAUGUAAGUGAUUAAAUCAGGAAAAAAUCGACUGAAAAUCGAUUUUAUAAAAAGCUCUGUAUCAAAUUCUUGACAAAUAAAAUUAGUCAAGAAGUAAAAAUUGAAUUAUAGAAAUAUGUGUUGCUUUAUAUUAAAUCAUUAUUACAAAGAGAUUAUAUUUGGUCUUAAAAUAAAUUCUGGUGCUAAAUUUAAAAUGUUUGAAGAAUAUGUUAAUAACACUAUUUUUUUUUUCAAGUAUUUGGCUCAUAACCUACUUGUAAAUAUCGAAACUUUGGAAUUCAUAUAAAAGAUAAUUGUAUGUACUGAAAUUGUUCAUGAUUCUGUUUUUAAUAUGACAAAAUAAUGUUAAUAUACAAAGCAUGAAUAAAUUGUUACUCCUUAGUAAUGAAGCCCUGCAUUUUAAAGCACAGAUGUUCAGAAUUGUAUAGGUGGCUAGAAAAUGCUAAAUACUUUUAUUGCUUUGUGUAUGUAAAUAUUUAGUUGGACAAUCACAGGUCUUAAAGAUUUAGUGCAAUAAUUUAGUCCAAUUUUUGUUUUACUUUUGUCAUCAGUGUCUUCCAGCAUGAGAAUUUCACAUUUGCAUUUCUCUUAUCAUUGAUUACUUUCCAGUUUUUCAAUAAUAUGACCAGCUUACCUUUUACCUUUAAAAUUUUUGGAAUACACUUUUUUGCUUAUGUCGGUUUAAAAUUGUAUUCAAUUGUAAAAAUAAAUAAGUUCAAUUACUUUUCAAGAAUAUAUGCAUAAUUUUGCAUCUGGUGUGUUAGUUUCAGUUCUCUUAAAUAAGAAAAAGUUUUUGCAUUACAAUAUAUGGCAUUAAAAUUUCUGACUUUCCUUCUUAAUAAGAAUUAUUGUUACAAAUUUGGCAAUAAAUUAAUUAUAACAUAAAAACUAAUUGCAAUUAGAUAUAAAAAUUCCAGCUUCAUGAAAACAAGUUUAAAUAGAUUUUUAAAUUAAUAAAGUAAUAAAGCAGUAUUUUUUAUGUGAUAGAAAGCGCCUUUAAAUUCUUACUGGAAAAAAAAACCAAAAACAAAGCAAGAACCAGCGAAUGAGAAUAUUUUAUUGAAACACAAUUAUUUUGUCCCCUCUUCAUUUAUAUCUCUUGGAAUCUUUCAAAAUAAUUAUAUAUAUAUAUAUAUAUAUAUUGCAAAUUUAACAUCCUAACUAAACGGAUCUUCAUUUUGUGGCUCUUCAAAAUUUUGCUAUUACUCAUUUCUUAUUUUUUAUAUUAACGAAUGACAAAAUAUUUGAAGCGCACUUCAAUUCAAAAUGGUUUCGAUAAAACAGAAUAAGAUAAUUAAAAUUAUAAAAUAGAAGUAUUAUUCCGUUAAACAUUAGUUGCAUUAUCUAAUGAAAACAUACGACAAUUCUGUACAUUUUAAAGCGAUUAUUUGCUAAUGUUGACAAUCCACAAAAUUUUGAUUUCAUUCGUAUAAAAUGAAAAUUGACUGUUUUUGAAGCCAAAUUUCGUCUGUUUGUAUCCAAGAUGGCGAUUAUUUAAGGAAUAUUUUAAUGGUUCUCUUCAGUCUAACUAAUGUGACUUAUUUGUUAACUUAAAUAUGAUCAAUCAGUACUAUGAAUGAAGAAUUAAAUCUUUGUUACCUGUAACAGUUAAAUUAUAAAAUUAAAAUAAAAUAAAAUUUUAAAAUUAAUGAAUAGUAGAGAUUUUUUUGAGCAGAAAUAAGUAUAUCUUUAUCAUCGCAAAGGUGUUUUUAUUUCUCCAAAUAUAUAAUUAUGACUUAAGAAAUAAUAAAUUCGCCGACAUUCCUUAUUAAAUAACAUGUUACAUAACAAUUCCAAUUUAAUAGUUCAACUAAAAAUUAUAUCAAAAAUUUAACUGUAUCUUAUUUUUAAAUUGGAGAAUAAAAUGUAUUUGCUAGAUUAGCAUUGGAUUCUGAUGCGAAGUUAUGAUUUUCGCGACACCAUUGUGAUCUUUGUCAGAUGAUGCACUAGCACCCACAAUUACUAAAUUCCACUCCAUACUUGUUGAAAAUUGUUUGAUUCCAACACAUACGAUCUGAAGUAUAUACAUCAGAUUAUUUGUUAAAAUUAGAUCUUCAACCCAUGACUUUCCAAUUACCAAAGCCCUAAGAAGAACAAUGAAUAAUGAAUAAAAUAUUUAAAGAAGUCCUUAAUUUAUGAAAAUUCACAUAGCGGAUCUGUGACUAUCGAAUUAAUUCAUAUUGAUGAAUUACAUGAUUCUUGUUCAUUUAAGAAUUUUUGUAUGCAUUUUUUUUAACUCUGUGGAAUGAUUGCUUUAUGCUUUUGUCUUUGUACUUGUACAUUUUGCAUUUAUUUAUUUUUAGCGCAUUUCACUUUGAACUUGUGUAUAUUUUUUUAAUGAUUUUUUUGUUUUUAAUAUUUGGAAUGAAAAAUUUAAGUUAAUCUAUAUAAUGUCUUCCAAAAUCAUUUUCUUCCAAAAAAAAUAUAGUUUAAAAACUCUUAUUCCCUUUCGUUAAGCAGAUUUAAAUUGAAUCCAAUAUCGCAUAUGAGCAAAAAGAAAAAUGCUAUUGGAAAAUGACAGAUAGAUGUCUCAAUGGAGUAACUAUAUGUCAUUGUUCAAUAUUUUAUUUCUUUUUGCACAAUCAUAACUUAAGUAUUGUGAUAAUAGCAGUUUGUUGUUCUGUGUUAACGCUUUUUUCAAAUUACACAUGCAGUGUUUGAAUUUAAGAAAGAGGGAAAAAAAAAUCUUAAAAGGAAAGAUCAAAAGGUUAAAUGUUCAAUGAUUUAGAAUGAAAGAAUUCGUUGAAAGUUUAUGCAAUUAAGGUAUCGACAAUGUUAUUUCGAUAAAGAAAAAUCUUCUAAGAAAUUAAUUUUUAAAUUUGAGAAAUGUUAUAUUUUCAAUAUUGAAUAAAUAGAAUUUUACAAAAAUUGUUGUAUCCUAGAGAAGAAGAAAAUUUUAUUUUGUACGACAAAGUUGUAUAGAGCUGUUAGCGUAGCUGUGUAUAAAUUCGCCUCGAAGGAUGUUAUAUGCUGUGUUACCUGUUCUGGUGACUUAUCACAUGUACUUACCUGUAUUCACAGCUAGUUAAGCAUUGGAUAAUGUUCAUUUUGUAUUAUAUAUAAAUAAAUAUAUAUAUAUAUAUAUAUAUAUGGACU